CAGACGCCUGCGCGCAUGCGCGGGAAGCGGACCCAGGGAGCCAAAGUGGCUGCCAGGGCCCCGCCAUCGCCACCAUGCCUAUGAAAGGCCGCUUCCCCAUCCGCCGCACCCUGCAGUACCUGAGCCAGGGGGACGUGGUGUUCAAGGACUCGGUGAAGGUCAUGACGGUGAACUACAACACGCACGGGGCCCUGGGCGAGGGCGCCAGGAAAUUCGUGUUUUUCAACAUCCCUCAGAUCCAGUACAAAAACCCUUGGGUUCAGAUCCUGAUGUUUAAGAACAUGACGCCAUCUCCCUUCCUUCGAUUCUAUUUAGAUUCUGGGGAACAAAUCCUGGUGGAUGUGGAGACCAAGAGCAACAAGGAGAUCAUGGCACACAUCAAAAAGAUCUUGGGGAAGACAGAGGAAACCCUCCUGAAGGAAGAGCAGGAGAAGAUGAAGCUCUCGCACCCAGCACACUUUGGUCCCCGCAAGUACUGCCUACGGGAGUGCAUCUGUGAGGUGGAAGGGCAGGUGCCCUGCCCAGGCCUGGUGCCGCUACCCAAGGAGAUGACAGGGAAGUACCGAGCUACCCUGAGUGCCGGUGGCCAAGAUUAAGUCCACAGUGUCUGUGGGUUCCCCCAUGUCGUGAGGUAGCUCUGAGCUCUGUCCCUGGAGACUUAGCACCUCGAAGCAUGGGCUUCCUGUUAGAUGCCUGUCAAGAGGUGGGUGUGGGCCAGAUGAGCUGCAGUGGAGCUGCUGUUGAUUAAUAAAUGAUUCUUGACGCCCUUUGUUAAA